UGGGACCUUCCGUCCCUGUGAUUUUGCGCGCUAUUCUGACCAUUGUUACUAUCCUACAACUCCGUUCCUCUUUCAACAUCUUUCUCCAUCUCAUUUUCCGAGCUUUUCUCGUUCGAAUGCAAAUCCGAACACAGUUCGGUAAGGGCGCAGGAAAUCUUUUAGGUGAGCGCCUAUUUGAAGAUUCUUAGGUACAUUUCAACGUUUCAAAUUUCUGAUUAGUUUUAGGUCUAGCCUUUUGUUUUUUUGUCCAUGUUAUUGAGAAAUGAAUGGAAAUUGUUGGCGUUAAUGGCUCGUUCUUGCUGCGAUAUUGAGUAGACUGAAUGGUUUGUAAAUUUAGGAGAAACGAAAUGAGCAUCUGAAGUAGGUGAUUUGGGGGUUCAGAGUGUAGAAUUAGCAAAUUUGUAGAUUCUUUUUGUUUCUGUGAUGGAAAAAGAUAAGGAAAGAGAUUUAUAUUUUGAAGAAGAAUGGAGAAGAUAGCUUAAAAGGCCAGAAAAUGUUCAUAUGUUGAACAAUUUAUCUUUCUGAGAUCAUGCCUGGGGAAGUACAUGGUACUUUAAGCCAACAAUUAUACAUGGAAAGACCAAGGGCUGUUUCCGAUGUCCGAAUUACUGCAGAUUAUAGUGCAAGUGAUGUUUGUGUACAGACGGGUGGGGUAUUUUCUUCCCAGUUUUUGCGGGAUCGAGCUGCUGUAAGAAGAUUGUCUGACAUGAAUGAUGGAGAUCAUCAUAAUCAGCAACAGAAAAAGAGAACAGGUCUUAGUUUCAGUCCGAGCAGCCAAUUGGUAUAUGAGGAUCUCAGUGGAAUUCAUAGACUCGAGAGAAUGAAUUCUGAAAGGAACAACAAGGUUUAUCCUAACAACACAAGCAAAUAUCAGUGGGAAUAUAGUGCUACUGGACAAGCAUCUGGUGAAUACGCCGAUGAAAUUAACCGAGAAGUUCAAUCUGGCCACACGAUGCCGCCCUUGUAUGCACCGGAUUCACCUUGUUCAUGUUAUCCCCUUGGGGCUGGAUUUGGAGAUUUUUCUGCCAAUGGCAAGAUGAAAUUUCUCUGUAGUUUUGGAGGUAGAAUAUUACCGAGGCCUAAUGAUGGGAUGCUUAGAUAUGUCGGUGGAGAAACACGCAUUAUGUCCAUUAGAAAAAACAUCUCAUAUGAAGAACUUUCCAAAAAGACAUACGCUGUCUGUAAAUAUGCCCACACUAUAAAGUACCAGCUUCCUGGUGAAGACCUUGAUUCACUAAUCUCUAUCUGUUCUGAUGAGGAUCUUCAUCAUUUGAUUGAGGAAUAUCAUGAGCUGGAAAAUGCAGAGGGUUCUCAAAGACUUAGAAUUUUUCUUGAUUAUUGCGAGAGCCCUACUUCUAUUGAAGAAAGGGCAGUUCAACCAAUUGAUGUUGAUUAUCAAUAUGUUGCGGCUGUGGAUGGUAUGCUAGACCCAACUCUUCAUAGUCCUAAUUUUCGUACUGCUUCUUCACAUACUACAGACUUAAAAGAUGCCCAUUCACCUAUGCCAAAUUUGGCGGAAAUGCUUCCUAGACCUAGUGGGCAAUUGUUAAAUCCCAUUCAAAUCCCACGCAAGGCAUUUAAUCAAUCACCUUUAGAUUCUCCGGUUACAGUAAUGCAAAAAGACUUUAAGAACGUAGAUUCAACAUGUGCAGAAGAUGCUAGAAACUUCAUUCCAUUUGUUUCUGAGAAACGUCCUCGUGAUAUGGUUUAUUAUGUUGAUGCAAUUGGCCGUCACAAUCAUCUUUACCAUGGUUCUCAAUUGAUGGAUUAUCAUCAUGAAAAAUUUAGAGUGGAAACUGAUGAGACAUACGAAGUUCUUAAUGUUCAUUUCCCACGAGGCUCCAGCGUAGAUUUUGAGCCUGCACCCAAUUGGGGUUUAAGUGAUACACAUUCAGUGAAAACUAUGCUCAAGGAACGGGCAGUUAACUAUGAACAGCUACGCUCUGAUGCGGAGUAUUCGAUGCAGCUAACAUCUGGAACCACCCAUAUGGGACAAAGAAUUAUGCAUUCACAUUCUGAACCCCUACUGCAGGAACAGGAUCAAAAGUCGAAUCAUGGAGGAUUCUAUCCACUGACCUCAUUCAAUGAUUGUGAUCAGUCACCUUCACUGGCAAUGUCAAUUUCCAUGCAGGAUUUGUCAACGAUGUGGAAACAGAGAGUUGACGGGGUAUAUCAAGAUGCUAAAUAUGAGAAUCAUCGAAAGGUGGCAUCUGGUAGUGAAAAUGAAACAUAUGAAGAAUGCAAUUUUGAUGAAAAAAAGGCUAAUUUCAAUGGAGGCAUUUAUGUUCCAUCACUUAAUGAUGACCAAAAAUACAAAUAUUUUCAACAUGUUGACUACCAACAAAAUGGUUGUCUCCUCAAAGAGGUUCAAAGCUUUAGCGGCAGAUUUUCUGCCGAACGAGGUCUUGAAUUAGAAAAUUCUGCAGACACCACGGGUGGCCCCACCCUCGUAUACCAUUUAGAAACAACUGCUCCAAAAUAUUUCGAGGAGAGCCAAUAUUCUACUAAGGAUAAACAAACUACUUCUAAUAUAAUCAUAACGGAUGCAGAUCUUAAAGAACUGCAAGAGUUGGGAUCUGGGACGUUUGGCACAGUUUUUCAUGGAAAAUGGAGGGGAACAGAUGUAGCUAUUAAGAGAAUAAACAAGAGUUGCUUCUCAGGCAGUUUUUCAGAGCAAGAACGACUGACUAGAGAUUUCUGGAGAGAAGCAAAGAUCCUAUCGACUCUGCACCAUCCAAACGUUUUGGCUUUUUAUGGGGUGGUUCCUGAUGGACCUGAUGGAACAUUGGCAACUGUAACCGAGUAUAUGGUAAACGGUUCGUUAAGGCAUGUCCUUUUAAGGAAGGACAGGUUGCUUGAUCGUCGGAAAAGGCUUAUAAUUGCAAUGGAUGCAGCUUCUGGCAUGGAAUAUUUGCAUUUGAAAAACAUUAUUCAUUUUGAUCUGAAGUGUGAAAAUUUGUUAGUCAAUUUGAGGGAUCCUGAACGACCUGUAUGCAAGGUGGGAGAUUUUGGUCUAUCAAGAAUUAAGCGCAAUACACUUGCUUCGGGAGGCAUGAGUGGAACUCUUCCAUGGAUGGCACCAGAAUUGUUAGAUAGUUGCAGUUCUAAGGUCUCUGAGAAGGUUGAUGUUUUCUCAUUCGGUAUUACAAUGUGGGAGAUUUUGACAGGCGAGGAGCCAUAUGCUACCAUGCAUUGCGGUGCCAUCAUCGGUGGAAUUGUAAGUAAUACUCUUAGACCGCGGAUCCCGAAACGCUGUGAUCCCGAAUGGAAAAGGUUAAUGGAAGAGUGUUGGUCUCCUGAACCUGCAGCAAGGCCAUCAUUCACAGAGAUAACGAAUAGACUUCGUAGCAUGUCGGUAGCGGUUCGGAUCAGAAAGAGACCAAAUGUAACAAGUAGAUGAAACUCAACAUCCUCAUGUAAGUCACUGUUCUUGUGAAUUGGAAAAGAGGAAAAUAAAAUAACUUAAAGCUUAAGCUAUUCUGUGUAGUUAA